UGAGAGGAAACUGAAAGUGAAAUUUAGACAGAAGGCUUUCAAAAGCGAAGCUGAAAGCGCGUAGCGGAAGCUGAGGACCCUAGUAAGAUUCCGCUGCAGAUGUCACCCUCUACAACCUCAAAAAUGUCUCUGGAAAAGAUGUGGGAAGAUGUCACCUGUUCCAUCUGUCUGGAUCCCAUGGUGGAGCCUAUGAGUAUCGAAUGUGGCCAUUGCUUUUGCAAAGAAUGCAUUUCUAAGGUUGGGGAAAAUGGGGGCAGUUCAUGUCCCCAGUGCAGGAAACACUUUAUGCUAAGAAACCUCAGGCCCAAUUGGCAUAUAGCCAACAUGGUGGAAAAUCUUAAACAAGUGGCCCAGAAUACCAAGAAGGGCACCCAGGAAAUGCACUGCACAAAGCAUGGAGAGACACUUCACCUGUUCUGUGAGGAGGAUGGGCAGGCCCUUUGCUGGGUGUGUGCCCAGUCUGGGAAACACCGGGACCACACCAAGGUUCCUAUUGAAGAAGCCGCUAAGAUAUACCAGGAGAAGAUCCACUUGGCUUUAGAAAAACUGAGAAAAGGGAAAGAGUUGGCCGAGAAGUUGGAAAUGAAUCUUGCAAUGCAAAGAACAGACUGGAAGAGGACCGUUGACACACAGAAGUCGAGGAUUCACGCAGAGUUCGUACAUCAGAAUAGCUUGCUGGCUCAGGAGGAACAGAGGCAGCUGCAGAGGCUGGAGAAAGACGAAAGGGAGCACCUGAGACUCCUGGGAGAGAAGGAGGCAAAGCUGGCUGAGAAGAACCAGGCCCUGCAGGAGCUGAUCUCAGAACUGGAGAGGAGGAGCCGGGGUUCAGAGCUAGAGCGACUUCAGGAGGUGAGGAUCGUCCUGGAAAGGAGUGUAUCCUGGAACCUGGACACAUUAGAAGUUGACUCCCCAGACCUGACAAGCACAUGCCGUGUGCCAGGGCGGAAGAAGAUGCUGAGGACGUGUUGGGUUCAUAUUACUCUGGAUCGCAAUACCGCCAACUCAUGGCUCAUCAUCUCAAAGGAUCGGAGACAAGUGAGGAUGGGAGACAUUCAUCAGAAUGUGUCUGAAAAUGAUGAGAGGUUUAAUCAUUUCCCCAUGGUUCUAGGUGCCCAGAGAUUCUCCUCUGGGAAAAUGUACUGGGAGGUAGAUGUAACCCGAAAGUCAGCCUGGGAUCUGGGGGUUUGCAGAGAGUCUGUACAGAGGAAAGGGCAGUUUUCACUCAGUCCUGAGAAUGGCUUCUGGACCAUUUGGCUAUGGCAAAAAGACAACUAUGAGGCUGGUACUAGUCCUCAAACCCCCCUACACAUUCAGGUACCUCCGUGCCAAAUUGGGGUCUUUGUGGACUAUGAGGCUGGCAUUGUCUCCUUCUACAACAUAACUGACCACGGCUCCCUCAUCUACACCUUCUCGGACUGUGCUUUUGCCGGACCUCUGAGACCCUUCUUCAGUGUCGGUUUCAAUGAUGAUGGGGGGAAUGCAGGGCCCCUAAAGCUCUGUCCACUAAAGAUGUGAUAGUCAGGAGCCAGUGCCUACUGACAGCACUUCCCGGACACUUACCUCCUCCUUAUCCUGGUCAUGAUCCAAUGACUUAACUACUGAGGACAAUUCUGGAUACUGCUACUCACUUCCUGUUGGUGUUCUUUAGCCAUGAACUUUGUCAUUCUGACUCAUCUAGUUGGAACUGCCCUAAAUCCUCAUCUCUUUAAAAGAGUCAGGGUCCCAGAAUGAAAGAGUCAGCUGGACAUAACUAAAAGUCAAUGUCUGCUGACCUUCAGCAUCAUUAUACCCGACAGAUUCCUCAAUGAUUCCUCAGUGAAACAGACUCCUCUCAGUGGUCCCAAACUCAUCUAGCUCAGACAAAAACACAUUUCUGCCUCCUUUCUGUGACUUCCUUUGUUUUCUCUAUCUUUGGUUGUUACCUUUGGCCAGAUACCUAUCUAUUCCUAUGUCAUCUGUUGCUUGCAGAAGGACUUCCUAAAAAUUGUGCUUGGUCUGUCCUAUUCAAUUCUUGAUAGUAAACUCAAAAUAUUUGUCAUUAACCUUGUACAUCUUUUGGGUUGGUUUGGUUUUUUUGUUUAUUUGUUAUGGGAGGGCUUUGGGGGUUUUAUUGUUGUUUGUUUGUUUGUUUGUUUGUUUUCCCUCCCUGGAAUGCUCUAUGCACUUCUUCUGUAGACUCAGGUCAAGAAUAUUUUCCAGGGUAAGAAACGAAAGCCAGGAUAAAGUAAUGAAAGUGGUUCAGACAAGAGCAGAAUGUAACACUGACAGUAUACUCAAUAUCCCCAGUGAUAGCCAAAGUCUAGGUGCCAUGGUGGUCUAGUCAGUGAGUCCCUGCUGUUGACUCUCACAAGAACAGCUGCACUCAGCCACUGCCUGCUGUCAGUUUGCAGAUAUGCUGUUCCCUUGUUCCAUUGCCUUGAAGAAAGUGAAAUUAGUAGCUGAACUAGUACACAAAUAUUUUGAGGGCUUCAAAAAUGUUGUCAGCAGAGUUAGGAGAAAGUUUGGAUAAAUGGUCAAUUAUGAAAAUCCAGGAUGGUUUCUAUGAGGACAACAUCACUAGAGCUAAAGAUACAUUAGCAAAGUCAAUUAAUGGCUCAGCUAGUAGGCUGAAUGAGACUCACGUAUGUCCAGUAAAAAAAACUAAGCGUUAACUUUUAAAUUGAUCUUUCUUCUUUGUUUUGUCUUGGAGUUAACACUGUAAAUAAUAAUUUGUACCUUUUGAUUUUCACACUGGUGGAAGGAAACUAUUACAAGAAACUUGCAGUUUCUCACAUUCUGAACACCAUGCUGUACCAGAUUAUCUCACUACCUGGAGCUGUAUGUUACAUUGCUAAUAAACCCCUUGUUCUCUACUGAAAGGAAUUACAAGGUUUCGUACUAUUUCAGCUUUCACCCCCAUAGUCAAUAACAAGUGGUCUGGAUACAAGUCUCUUUGUCACAUAAAAGUUACCUUGAGAAAGAUCUCCAAGUACUGAUUCCAAUUCUGAUUAAUAUUGAUAAUAUUAAUAAGGUCAAAUAAAGCCUAUUGAUUUUCCUGAGCUGCUUUCAUUCUACUACCACCUUCCAAAUUAACAGACACAAAGUAUUAAAGAAACAUUAUUAUCUGUGCUGUCUUUAGCCGGACAGACUCUGAGCAUGGAGAAAGAUGGGCACAGGGUCCCUCUCCUGGCUAAGGAGUUUUUGACAAAUUGCUGGGAGAAGGAGAAUUAGCUGUCUUUCAGGGUGUGGACUCUGGGGGGGGCAAAUCACCCCCAAUGAAAGCCACGUCUCCAGGAGUGUAUGGGCAGCAUAAACAGUGAUUGGUGGGUUACUUUUAAAGAGUAAGAGGAGGAACGAUACAAAUUUGGUAGGAUAGGAAAUGGCAUGGAUUUGGGACGUGUGAGGAAGGGGGAUAAAUAUGAUCAAAAUACAUUGAAAUUCUCAAUUUUAAAAUGAGUUUAGAAAGAAAGUAUUGUAUCAAAAUUUCAAAGACGCUAAGAAAAAAGUUUUAAAAUAUAACUAUAAUUUGUUUUGCAUUAUAUGUAACAAAUUUCCUGUUUAUAUGUCAGUCAUGCUGUGGCUAAUGAUAAACAUGCAAUCAGGGCACAAUCAAGAAAUAUGAAGAUUAUGGCAAACCUCCGUAUUUGACUCAAACUAAACUGAUGUUUUGACAAUAAACAUUUAUUAACCUGUAA